UUGCCUUUUAAAUUUGCUUUUUUUAGAAGACUUCUUCCCUUUCGCUUUUCCAACAAAAUAAUACUAAAAUCAAGAUGACUUAUCCUGGCGCUUAUGGUACGCACGGCUAUGGCCAACCUGAAGGGUAUCCUCCGACUCAAAAUUAUCCCCCUCCACCACCUCAGCAAGGCUACCCCCCUCCUCAGGGCUAUCCCCCUCCUCAGGGCUAUCAGGGCUAUCCGCCUUCCCAGGGCUAUCAUCCUUCACCACAGCAAAAUUAUCUUCCACCUCAAAACUACCCUCCACCUCCAACACAAGGAUAUCCUCCACCUUCAGAAGGGUAUCCCAUACCAGCAGCGCAAGGUUAUCCCCCGCCUAGUAGCCAGCAGGGCUACCCGCCACCACAAGGAUAUCCUCCUCCAGCAGUGCCAGCACAGAGCUACCCCUCAUUUCAGAAUCUGGGCAGCGAACCGUCUUCGGUCUCUCCUCAUCACCAAUACUCUUCACCUCCACCGAUCCCUGGAAACCGUCCAAAUCAGUUAUCUUCAGUUACUGAAGAAAGAGGCAAUAAUGGAAUCCAACCACCUCCAUAUCAAGGGCCUGAUCCUGUUUUCAGCCCGAGUGAUCCUAAUUUGAGUCAAGCAAAUUAUCCACAGCCUCCACAAUCAUCUCAUAACCAGGGACCUAACCCAGUUCCAUAUGGUCAGCAACAAGGUGAUGCUUCUGCUAAUGACUUUGUUAUGCACGUAAACCCGUCUAUGCAGAACCAAGCCCCACCUAACUUCCAGCUUUCAAAUUGUCAAGGAAGAAAAAGAGCACUAUUAAUCGGUAUCAACUAUUUUAAUUCCAAAAAUGAGCUGAAUGGAUGUAUCAAUGAUGUGAAAAAUGUGAAGCAAUUUUUGAUAAGUUUGUUUGAUUUCAAGGAGGAGGAUAUGGUUAUAUUGACAGAUGAUCAGCAGGACCAAAAGUUUAUUCCAACCAAACAAAAUAUGUUGAGUGCUAUGCAAUGGCUUGUCAACGAUGCGAGAGAGAAUGAUUCGUUUUUCUUCCAUUUCAGCGGACACGGUGGUAGAGUAAAAGAUGAAAAUGGGGACGAGGAUGAUGGCUUCGAUGAAACUAUUUACCCUGUGGACCAUGAAAUGUAUCCAGGCGACACAGGACAAAUUGUUGAUGAUGAAAUGCACGAGAUUAUGGUUCGACCCCUACCUAGAGGUUGCCGUUUGACAUGUAUUUUCGAUUCAUGCCAUUCUGGUACAGCACUUGAUUUACCUUACGUUUAUUCCACUCAAGGCACUGUUAAGCAGGAGAGUAUUUUCAAGGAUGCUGGUGCUGGCUUAUUAAGCGCAGGCCUUGCGUAUGCUACUGGUAACAAGUCAGGCGCACUUUCAUCACUUAUGAGCCUUGGAAAGAGCAUGAUGAGCAAAAAGAAUGUAGAUGCUCGCGUCAAGAAAUUUAAGAGUUCCGAAUCUGAUGUUAUCAUGUUCUCAGGUUGUAAAGACAAUCAGACCUCUGCUGAUGCUGUGGAAAAUGGAGCUUCUACUGGAGCUAUGUCUUAUGCUUUCACAACUGCUUUACGUCAAAAUAAACAAUUAACGUAUCUGCAAUUGUUGAAUGCUAUUCGCGAUAUUUUGCGCACUAAAUAUUCCCAACGUCCUCAGUUAUCGUCAUCCCAUCCGAUCGAUGUAAACUUGUUAUUUAUCCUCUAAACUCACUUUUACUAUUGCACAACAAAACCAAUAAACAUACCAAUGAAAUCUUAUCAUUUAUAGAAGCAUCGAUCUUUUCAUCUCCCUUUUCAAACAGCUUCCAAAAAGUUGUAAACACAAUGAUACUGUAAA